UCAGGGUCAAUCAUGAGCAUCGGCCUUGAUGCUAUCCCCCUCGACGUCCUACGCGGUGUCGUGGCCUUCGCGACGGGCCGCUUCACCGUCGGCCGCCUCGACGGCGGCGUGAAGGUCUGUGGUCCAGAGUUCCAAGCGUGGUCGGGACACGAGGAGCGGCAGACCACGGCGCGCGACCUCCGCGCGCUCGUCAGCGCCAUCGGCUUCCACCAGCUGCGCUGUGUGUCGCGGAGCUGGCGCUCGAUCGCGGACGAUCAUCUGCGAGGCACGCACGAGCGGAUCUUCGGGGUCCGGCCGCUCGACAUCUUGCCCGUCGACGGCCGCGUGGCGCGCGAGCCGAGCUCCUGGCUCGGGCGGCUCCGGCGACUGGUCGGACGCGCGAGCCCAGACGGGGACGACGACGAAUAUCUCUUCAGCGAGCCGCCGUCGGAAGCGCUCACCGUGCCCUGGAACCUGGCGCGCUACGACGCGGGCACCGGCGACCUCGACGGCUCGGCGCCCGUGCUCGCGGCGGUGCGACGCGCCCGCGCCUGCCUGGCGUGGCGCACGUCGCUUACUAGCUACGCGCGCUUCGGCUGCUGCGGCCACGAUACUCGCUUCCGCGAGUCCCUGGCGUGGACUGGCUUCUUCGGCAACGCCGCGGGCCUGCCCUGGCGCCUCGACGCGCACCACGUCUACAUCGACCGGGAGGCCGAGACUGCGUUCGAGCGGGAAGGCGACCUCACAAGAGAUGCCCCCGAUCCGCCCUUCUCAUUUAAUGCGGACCACGAGCACGUCACGGCGCUGAAGGCCUUCGCCGUGGCGCUCCUACCUACGAACGUCCAGGCUUCCGCUAGCAGCGGCGAGACCACGCGCGUCGACCUCGUGGGCGGGCCCACUCAUUUCAUGCACAAGUACGACGAGGCGACGCGCUCGACGGAGGCGGUGCUCUUCGACACGGAAGUGGAGUAUAAGGACGCCUACGCUUGCUGCCCGGAGGCCCCGUCGACCGUGGUGCCGGGGGCGUGCCUCUUCAGCUUUCGAGCAGACCCGAGCGACGUGUGCACUCCCGAGCAAUGGGGUGAAUGGCACAACUAUGACGACCGGGAGUUCGGGACCCUCCGCCGGCGUGGCGGUCGCGCGUGGCGGGUUGCUGGUUGCGCUGCGCCCGGGCCUGUGAUGAACAACGCUGACGUCGUUCUCGACGAGGUUCUUUUUGAGAAGCCUGACGACAGCGCCUACACCGCGUGCGAGGCAUGUUUCGAGCAGGACGGCUUUGAUUACUAUGCGGCCACGUCGACGCGCCCCGCGCCCGCCGGCGUCACGGUCCGCCUCGUGUUCCGUGUACUGAAGCACGAGGCCGGCGGGCGCCUCGCGUCGGAGAUCUCCCGCAGUCGCGACAGAUACAGCGCCGACACCACCUCUUCUGCGUGGUCUCCCUACCGCCUCGUCAUGUCGGGCACCGUGCGCGGGCUCCCUAUUCUGACGCCCGUGAGAGAACCUGCCAGCGAGGCCGAAGAACUGGCAGAGCGGGAGCGCCUGCGCGAGUGGAAGGCGGCGGACAAAGAACUCCAAGCGCAGCUGCCGCCCUGUGAGCAGUACGAUAUCAUGCAUGCUGAAAAGUAUCUACGCGACGGGACCUGGCCCACUCCCUUAAAUCCGAUUUAUAAAGACCGCAAAACCGAUCCCUGGUGGUCGGAGCCCCAGUGCGAGUGCGAGCGUUGCCAGUUCGAGGCCGACCGCGGCCGAGACAAAGAGUUCGUACGUCUCUCGUACUACUGCACCUCCUACGGCCUCGACAUCCCGAUAUACCGUCUGGGCCUCGCGUGCGACAAGGUGCUUGCUCAAUUGCCGUUGAACAAGCACGGGCGGAAUCCGAGCAACUACGGCGAAACGAAGGUCCACUGA